GUGGACCAGGUUCAUAUUUCUUUUACAGAGGCAUGCAAGGAAAGGGGGAAAUUCUCCAGCCAAUGCCAUUGGGAUUGGCAUCUUUCUACUCAACUUGAAUGUCAUAUAGGAAAUGCUGGAAUUGAGCAUUCCUAUAUGACUUUUAGGAUGGACUAGAUGACCUUUGAAGGUCCCUUCUGGCUCCAAAAGCAAAAAGUAAGGUGAGAUAAUAGUGGAUUGUCCUCCUUUGGUGACCUCCAAGCUGAGGUUGGAUGGACAUCAUUCAAGGAUACCAUCAUCGGACAUUUCUAUAUGACUUUGGGGGUGGACUAGAUGACCUUUCAUGGUCCCAGUAGGGUGAGAUAAUAGUGGAUUGGACUUUCCUAUGGGACUUUGAAGGUGGACUAGAUGACCUUUCAUGGUCCCAGUAGGGUGAGAUAUUAGUGGAUUGGACUUUCCUAUGUGACUUUGAAGGUGGACUAGAUGACCUUCAAGGGUCCCUUCCACCUCCAAACAACGAUAAUAGUGGAUUGGCUUCCUUUGAUGACCUCCAAGCUGAGGUUGGAUGGACAUCAUUCAAGGAUACCAUCAUUGGACAUUCCUAUAUGACUUUGAAGGUGGACUAGAUGACCUUUCAUGGUCCCAGCUCCAGACUAGAUGACCUUUCAUGGUCCCAGUAGGGUGAGAUAAUAGUGGAUUGGACUUUCCUAUGGGGCUUUGAAGGUGGACUAGAUGACCUUUCAUGGUCCCAGCUCCAGACUAGAUGACCUUUCAUGGUCCCAGGAGUGAGAUAAUAGUGGAUUGGACUUUCCUAUGGGGCUUUGAAGGUGGACUAGAUGACCUUCAAGGUUUCAUUCCAGCUCCAAACAACGAUAAUAGUGGGUUGUCUUCCUUUGGUGACCUUCAAGUUGACGUUGGAUGGACAUCAUUCAAGGAUACCAUCAUCAGACAUUCCUAUAUGACUUUGAGGGUGGACUAGCUCCAGACUAGAUGACCUUUCAUGGUCCCAGUAGGGUGAGAUAAUAGUGGAUUGGACUUUCCUAUGGGACUUUGAAGGUGGACUAGAUGACCUUUCAUGGUCCCAGUAGGGUGAGAUAAUAGUGGAUUGGACUUUCCUAUGGGGCUUUGAAGGUGGACUAGAUGACCUUCAAGGUUUCAUUCCAGCUCCAAACAACGAUAAUAGUGGGUUGUCUUCCUUUGGUGACCUUCAAGUUGACGUUGGAUGGACAUCAUUCAAGGAUACCAUCAUCAGACAUUCCUAUAUGACUUUGAGGGUGGACUAGAUGACCUUUCAUGGUCCCAGCUCCAGACUAGAUGACCUUUCAUGGUCCCAGUAGGGUGAGAUAAUAGUGGAUUGGACUUUCCUAUGGGACUUUGAAGGUGGACUAGAUGACCUUUCAUGGUCCCAGCUCCAGACUAGAUGACCUUUCAUGGUCCCAGUAGGGUGAGAUAAUAGUGGAUUGGACUUUCCUAUGGGACUUUGAAGGUGGACUAGAUAACCUUCAGGGGUCCCUUCCAGCUCCAAACAAUGAUAAUAGUGGAUUGUCUUCCUUUGGUGACCUCCAAGCUGAGGUUGGAUGGACAUCAUUCAAGGAUACCAUCAUUGGACAUUCCUAUAGGACUUUGAAGGUGGACUAGAUGACCUUUCAUGGUCCCAGCUCCAGACUAGAUGACCUUUCAUGGUCCCAGUAGGGUGAGAUAAUAGUGGAUUGGACUUUCCUAUGGGACUUUGAAGGUGGACUAGAUGACCUUUCAUGGUCCCAGUAGGGUGAGAUAAUAGUGGAUUGGACUUUCCUAUGGGGCUUUGAAGGUGGACUAGAUGACCUUCAAGGUUUCAUUCCAGCUCCAAACAACGAUAAUAGUGGGUUGUCUUCCUUUGGUGACCUUCAAGUUGACGUUGGAUGGACAUCAUUCAAGGAUACCAUCAUCAGACAUUCCUAUAUGACUUUGAGGGUGGACUAGAUGACCUUUCAUGGUCCCAGCUCCAGACUAGAUGACCUUUCAUGGUCCCAGUAGGGUGAGAUAAUAGUGGAUUGGACUUUCCUAUGGGACUUUGAAGGUGGACUAGAUGACCUUUCAUGGUCCCAGCUCCAGACUAGAUGACCUUUCAUGGUCCCAGUAGGGUGAGAUAAUAGUGGAUUGGACUUUCCUAUGGGACUUUGAAGGUGGACUAGAUGACCUUUCAUGGUCCCAGCUCCAGACUAGAUGACCUUUCAUGGUCCCAGUAGGGUGAGAUAAUAGUGGAUUGGACUUUCCUAUGGGACUUUGAAGGUGGACUAGAUGACCUUUCAUGGUCCCAGUAGGGUGAGAUAAUAGUGGAUUGGACUUUCCUAUGGAACUUUGAAGGUGGACUAGAUAACCUUCAGGGGUCCCUUCCAGCUCCAAACAAUGAUAAUAGUGGAUUGUCUUCCUUUGGUGACCUCCAAGUUGAGGUUAGAUGGACAUCAUUCAAGGAUAUCAUCAUCGGACAUUCCUAUAUGACUUUGAAGGUGGACUAGAUGACCUUUCAUGGUCCCAGCUCCAGACUGGAUGGCCUUUCAUGGUCCCAGCUCCAGACUAGAUGACCUUUCAUGGUCCCAGCUCCAGACUAGAUGACCUUUCAUGGUCCCAGUAGGGUGAGAUAAUAGUGGAUUGGACUUUCCUAUGGGACUUUGAAGGUGGACUAGAUGACCUUUCAUGGUCCCAGUAGGGUGAGAUAAUAGUGGAUUGGACUUUCCUAUGGGACUUUGAAGGUGGACUAGAUGACCUUUCAUGGUCCCAGUAGGGUGAGAUAAUAGUGGAUUGGACUUUCCUAUGGGACUUUGAAGGUGGACUAGAUGACCUUUCAUGGUCCCAGUAGGGUGAGAUAAUAGUGGAUUGGACUUUCCUAUGGGGCUUUGAAGGUGGACUAGAUAACCUUCAGGGGUCCCAGCUCCAAACAAUGAUAAUAGUGGAUUGUCUUUCUUUGGUGACCUCCAAGUUGAGGUUGGAUGGACAUCAUUCAAGGAUAUCAUCAUCAGACAUUCCUAUAGGACUUUGAGGGUGGACUAGAUGACCUCGGAGGGUCCCUUCUACCUCCCGAUGCCUUUUUUAUGAGCUCAUCCCGCUUUUACUGCCCGCCGCUCCUCCGCCCAGGCCAGGGCUCCUGUUGAAGCUCUCCCAAAAACAAUAACCAGGGAGGAAUUCCAAGGUUUCGGGGCUGGGAGGGCUCGCCGUGUCUCCGGUUUCUUUGGUCCAAAGGUGUCCAAGGUGGACGUCCAAGCCAAGCGAAGGGAGGGUCGGAGGCUUAUAUAGGACUACCAUACUCCUCGUUGUCUUGAAGCGGACGCCUCGUCCUCCUGAAUCCGAAAAUGUUGGGCACGAAGCCGGGCAUCUUUCUCGUCACCAUCAUCAUCUGCUUCUUUGGAUGGGUCUCUUCUCAAGAGGCACAGCUUGGAAACAAAAAGCCGGACAAGCCGACGACAAAAGGCAAGACCCUCACUAGCCUUGAAGCAGGAAUGGCUGGCGAAUGGACCUCGUGGUUCAACGUGGACCACCCCGGGGGCGAAGGGGACUUCGAGACCUUGGAGGCCAUCCGGUUUUACUACCCGGACCGCCUCUGUGCCAAACCGGCGUCCAUCCAAGUCCGGACCACGGAGUGGGAGCUGCCCGAGGAAGUGGGCGAAACGGUCCAUUUCAGCCCUCGGGACGGGUUUCGGUGCCUCAACCGAGAGCAACGUGACGGCCAAGGUUGCUCCAAUUACCACGUCCGGUUCCUCUGCCCAUUUGAUCCGUCCGCCUGGCUGGGCUGGUCGACCUGGUCGGCUUGGAGCGCCUGUUCGCGGACGUCCUGUGGCACCAGCGGGACCCGAACCCGGCACCGGACUUGCCUGAACGCCUCUCCGCAGCUCUUAAAAUGCCGAGGGAAACCCGCCGAGCGCCAGACCUGCUCGGCGGGACCUUGCCAAGAGCCCCAAUGGAGCAGCUGGGGUCCGUGGAGUCCCUGCUCCAAAACCUGCGGAAGCGGAGGCAAGCGGAUACGCCGCCGGAAGUGCCCCAAAUCCAAGUUACCCUGCUUUGGACGUCCCUCGGAGGUGCAGAAAUGUCCCCAGAAGCCUUGUCCAGCUUGCAAGCUCACCUGCAAGGUCGGCAUCCCCAAUCGGAAUUGCACCGGCUGCGUCUGCCGCAACCACACGGUCCUGGGCAGAGUCCGCGGCGCCGACGGGGCAGCUCUCGCCAACGCCCGGAUCUCUCUCACCGGCCACCCUCGGUCCGUUUUGGCCCGCAGCAACUAUCAGGGCCGGUUUGCCGUCCGUGGACUCUGCGACGCCAACCUCAGUGCGGCCCUCGACCGCUUCGUCCCGGGGAGCGCCCCGACGGUCAGGAACAGCACCGGGACGUCCGUGGUGGAGCUCGUCCUGCAAAGACUUGAAAAACCCUAUAUGGUGACCCAGCCCGAAUCCAAAGUGAGGACGAUGGGACAGGACGUGAGGUUCUGCUGCAAGGCCCACGGCACCCCAGAACCCCAAAAAUAUUUCUGGUACCACAAUGGGACACUGCUGGACCGUCAGGCCACAAAGUAUGACAACAGCUUGGUGCUGCACGACCUGAGGCCACACCAAGCAGGAUCGUACCACUGCAAAGUCAGCAACAACCACGGAUCAAUCAAAUCGUCCGUUGCUCACCUGACAGUGAUCGAUCCAGAAGUGCCGUCCUGCAUAUCGCAGCCAGAGGAAUAUCUCAUCAGGCUUCCGGACGAGUGUUUCCAAGAAGAAACGAGUUCCUACGUCUACAACGUGGGCCAUUGUCCGAACACUCGUUGUCCGGGGCGCCUAACGGAGGCGCUGGAGUGUCGAGAUGAAGAGGAACACUGUUGUGGACCACGGCGGAUGGAGGUGCGCGAAAUCCCUUGCGCCGGCUACGUUUUGCCCAUCAAGGUGGUUGCCGAGUGCGGGUGUACCACCUGCACUCAACCCAAGGUCCUGGUCCGGGGCAAAGCUUCGGCAUUGGACGACGGAGAACCAUUACGGUUUGGGGAGAUCUACCUCGGCGUGGAGAAGAUCGGCUUCACGGGCUACAAAGGGACCUUCACCAUCGAGGUCCCUCCUGACACUCAGAGGCUCGUGGUCAAGUUUGUGGACCCGGCGAAGAAGUUUGUGGACACGGUGAAGGUCUUCCCGUUCGACCAACGUGGUGGGGCCGUCUACCAAGAGGUCAAGCUCUUAAGGAGGAAGAAACCCGUUGACCUAGAAGCCAUGGAGACCAACGUCAUCCCGUUGGGCGAAGUGGAGGAUGAAGGCCCCGUUGGGGAGGUCGUCAUCCCACCGAGGUCUUUCUUCAGAGCCAACGGGGAAGCCUACAACGGGACGGUGAAGGCCAGCGUGACCUUCGUGGACCCUCGGGACGUGGCCACCGUGAGCGUGGCCUCCACAGACUUGAGCUUCGUCAACGCCGAAGGAGAUCUCCUCCCUCUCCGGACGUACGGCAUGUUUUCCGUGGAUUUCUGGGAAGCGGAGAGCAGCCAGAGCUUGGAGACGGGCCGAGUGGAGGUCAGGAUGGACGCCGAGCUCAUCAAGAUGCCCGACCACGUCCGGAAGAUGAAGCUGUGGUCCCUCAACCCGGUGACGGGCUUGUGGGAGGAGGAAUCGUCCUUCCGGCUGGAGAACGUCAACCGCCGCAAGCGCGAGGAGCGGGCCUUCCUGGUCGGCAACCUGGAGAUCCGGGAGCGGCGGCUCUUCAACCUCGACGUCCCAGAGAACCGCCGUUGCUUCGUCAAAGUCCGGGCCUACAUCAGCGAGAAGUUCAACCCCAUGGACCAGCUGGAGGGAGUUGUCGUCACCCUGAUCAACCUGGAGCCCAGGCCGGGUUAUCCGGCCAACCCGCAGGCCUGGGGUCGCUUCGACAGCGUGGUGACCGGUCCCAAUGGGGCGUGUUUGCCGGCCUUUUGUGACGGACAGCGGGCCGACGCUUACACCGCUCACGUCACGGCCACCAUGGGAGGCGAGGAGCUCGAAGCCGCCCCAUCGAGACCCAGACUCGACCCGCUUGCCGUGGGGGUCUCCCAGCCUUACCUCAACAAGCUGGGCUACCGGCGGAGCGACCACGCGGACCCUGCCCUGAAGAAGACGGCCUUCAAGAUCAACCUCGCCAAACCCAACCCGAACAACCUCGAUGAAACCAACGGGCCCAUUUACCCCUACCGGAGUCUGACGGAUUGUGAGUCCGCGCCGGUGACUGCCAACCAUUUCCGCUUCUCCCGGGCGGAAGUGGAUAAGUACGAGUACAACGUGGUGCCCUUCAAAGAGAGCGACCUGACCACCUGGACGGGGGACUACCUCUCGUGGUGGCCCAACCCGCAGGAAUUUCGGGCCUGUUACAUCAAAGUGAAGAUCAACGGACCUCAGGAGUAUAUGGUGAGGUCGCGGAACGUGGGUGGCACUCACCCGCGGACCGGGGGGCAACUCUACGGACUCCGGGACUCCCGGAGCGUCCGGGACCCCGAAACGUACAACAGUUCGGCCGCGUGCGUGGAGUUCAAAUGCAGCGGGAUGUUGUUCGACCAGGAACUGGUGGACCGGACGUUGGUCUCCAUCACCCCGCAGGGAAGUUGCCGCCGUACCGCCGUCAACAGCUACCUGAGGGAGUACCUGGGCCGUCACCCACCGGCGGCGGAGAACAACGACACGGCGGCCUUCUCCAUGUUGGCCCCGCUAGACCCGCUCGGACACAACUACGGGAUCUACACGGUGACGGACCAGAACCCGCGGCUGGCCAAGGAGAUCGCCAUCGGCCGCUGCUUCGACGGCACCUCGGACGGCUACUCGCGGGAGAUGCGGUCCCUCAAGGGCACGGCCCUGACCUUCACCUGCCAGGAGAAGCCGGUCGGGCGGAAGAGCUUCUUCCAACGACUCCUGGAGUCCCCGUCCCAGGCGCUGAUGGAGAUCCGGCGAGAAAUGGGUACCAACGAGCAGCGCCUUGGUCCAUCCCGCGUGGUGCCUUACCCGGCCAGGUUACGGACUAUGGUUGGAGCACAAACCGGGCGAAACCCCGGGCCCCGACGGCGGGUGUAACCAGGAUUGUUGGGCUGUCUUUGAGUACUCCGGUGGGCAGUCGUCAUCCCUUGCUCAUCCACGGAUGUGGAUUUAGGACUUUGGAGGAGGGGAACGGACACCUUUUUUGGGGUGGGUGACCCUGAAAUGCCGACGUAUUGUAUGUGAAUCGCUUCAUCUCGCUUCCGUUCCCAAAUAAACCUUUCAAAACCUCGA